GUUUUUGUGCCUCGCCGAAAUCCAUCGUUCCACCCUUCAACCUUUCCCGCACUUCUUUCCUGCUCUCUCUCGCGUUCCCCAGAGCAUAUCCUCCCCCGCCAAGCUCACAAUGCUUCUUCCCCGGGCCCUUCCCAGGCGAACCGGUCUCGUCCGGUUCCCCGGCGUCCGACAAAUCACUCCUCGCCGCACAAUGAUCCCCGCCCCAGGCCCGAAUACGGGGCCACUGAUGGAGCGCCGCGCAGACCGCGAGCUGCCCACCAUCGAAAAUAGCAAGGGCUGGCUCAAGACCCUCCCCAUCUUUGUGGUAGUCGUCGGAGCUGCUAUGCUUGGUAUUUUCAAUUACCAGAAAUCCACGUCCAGUGUGGUUAGCAGUACCCUGUACGCUCUGCGCACGUCGCCGCAGGCCCGUGAAAUCCUCGGCGACGAGAUCUACUUUGCGCAGCAGAUCCCGUGGAUCAGUGGUGAAAUGAACCAGCUGCACGGGCGCAUUGAUAUCACUUUCUGGGUGAAGGGUACCAAGGGUCAGGGCAAGAUGCGCUUUAAGAGUGUCCGACCGGAUCGGAUGAGUUACUUCCGCACCGAAGUAUGGAGUCUGGAGACCGAGGAUGGAACCGUGGUGCAGCUGCUGGAUAGCGACACCGAUCCGUUCCGCCAAGAGUAAGCGGGUACGAUAGAAGAGCCGGAUGGAGAUGGAAAGGCGCCAUUUUGUACAAAUAGAACUGCUCGUGCAUGGGACAUGGCGUUUGGAGGACAAAUCAUUUACGGAAUACUGAUUGUAUGCGGCAAUCCGAGUUGGCGGGGACAUCCUUCGAACAUGGGGGCAGAGAAGAACUUUGAAGAAAAAAAGG